AUGGCGGAUACAUCAGAAUCUGACACCACUGAGGUCCAGUCAGUGGCAGAUACCACUGUAUUUUCAGAAUAUCUGUGCAGAAUUGUUCCCGUUUUGCUGGAAGAUAGGGAGUCUGCGUCUGCAAACCUGAAAACUGCUUUGGUGGAAAAACCUCACGUGGAAAGCAUAAAAAAAUUUCUCGGAGACCCACAAGUGCCAGUGUUGUUAGUACAACGGUUAUCUACCAAAGAUGAAUCUGAGGAUGUUGCUGAGGGAGAUGGGGACAAUGAGGGAACUGUGGCCUAUCACAUAACAUCUACUGUCAAGUACUCCAGUUCAAAGAUCUGCAGCAUGGUGCUCAUCAAGAGAGGGCCCAUAGUGGAAGCAGACAAGUCCUUUCCCUCACAGCUUAGGAUUAUGAACUUCAGUGAAGGCUCACCAUAUGAGACACUCCACUCCUACGUUGCCAAUGCUGUGGCCCCAUUCUUCAAAUCCUACAUCAAGGAAACUGGAAAGGCUGAGAGGGAUGGUGAUAAAAUGGCCCCUACUGUUGAAAAGAAAAUUUCUGAGCUGGAAAUGGGCCUUCUUCAUCUACAACAGAACAUAGACAUCCCAGAGAUCACUCUGCCCAUCCACCAGGUAGUUUCUAGUGUCAUCAAAAAAUGUGGAGAGGAGAAUAAAAAACCCAAGGUGGAGGAUUUUGGGGACAAAGUGGAGGAUGCUCAGUUUCUUAAUGCUCUACAAAGUGGGGUAAACCGCUGGAUAAGGGAAAUCCAGAAGGUGACUAAGUUGGACCGAGAUCCAGCAUCAGGAACUGCUCUCCAGGAAAUCAGCUUUUGGCUUAAUCUAGAGCGAGCUCUCCUGAGGAUCCAAGAAAAACGUGAAAGCCCUGAAAUUGUUCUAACUUUGGAGAUCCUCAAACAUGGAAAAAGAUUCCAUGCUACCGUCAGUUUUGACACAGAUACAGGUCUUAAAACUGCCAUGGCCACCGUGAAUGACUACAACCAGCUGAUGAAGGACUUUCCUUUGAAUGAUCUUCUGGCUGCAUCAGAACUAGAUAGAAUUAGAGUGUCAGUACAGGCAAUCUUCCUGCACCUGAGGAAGAUCCGACCAACAAAGUAUCCCAUUCAAAGAGCACUGAGACUGGUGGAGGCUAUCUCUAGGGACCUCAGCUCACAACUUCUCAAGGUGCUUGGAACUCGGCGCUUAAUGCAUAUUGCAUAUGAUGAGUUUGAGAAGGUGAUGAAUGCAUGUUUCGAAGUAUUUGGGACAUGGGAUGAUGAAUAUGACCGGCUCCAGGGACUACUGAGGGACCUGGUGAAGAAGAAGAGAGAUGAACAUUUGAGGAUGGUGUGGAGGGUGAACCCGGCCCACAAACGUCUCCAGGGAAGACUAGAACAGAUGAGAAAGUUCCGGAGGCAGCAUGAACAAUUGCGACAAGUCAUUGUACGUGUCCUUAGACCAGCAGUCAUCUCCUCUGGACGAGCUACUACCCCAGGACAGGACGAUGCAGAAGCCAAGACCAUUGAACCCAUGGUAGAUGAAGCAGCAGAUGCCAAUGCCAUUGAGGAGGUGAAUCUCGCAUAUGAGAAUGUGAAGGAGGUAGAUGGACUGGAUGUGUCUAAAGAAGGUUCAGAUGCCUGGGAGGCUGCCAUCAAAAGGUAUGACGAGCGAAUUGACAGAGUGGAAACCCAAAUCACAGCUCGUCUGAGGGAUCAGCUAGGGACAGCCAAAAAUGCAAAUGAAAUGUUCCGAAUCUUCUCACGCUUCAAUGCCCUGUUUGUGCGACCACAUAUCCGUGGAGCAAUCAGAGAGUACCAGACCCAGCUCAUACAGAGAGUCAAAGAUGACAUUGAGUCACUUCAUGAGAAAUUCAAGGUUCAGUAUGCCCAGAGCAAGGCCUGCCGUAUGAGUAAGGUCCGAGAUCUGCCACAGGUGUCUGGUCGUAUCAUCUGGUCACGACAAAUUGAGCGCCAGCUGAAUACCUAUCUGCGUCGUGUGGAGGAUGUUCUUGGGAAAGGUUGGGAGAACCAUGUAGAGGGACAGAAACUCAAGGCUGAUGGUGACAGCUUCCGCAUGAAACUCAACACUACUGACCUGUUUGAAGACUGGCAGCGAAAGGUCCAGCAACGCCAGCUUGUGGUCACAGGUAGAAUUUUUGUCAUCAUCAGUGUCAAGUCCAAAUCCAUGGCAAAGGGCAACAUCCUCAAGCUUGGAGUCAACUUCCAACCAGAUGUCAUUAAUCUGUCUAAAGAGGUUCGUAACAUGAGGUGGCUUGGAUUCCGUGUUCCUCUUGCAAUUGUCAACAAGGCACAUCAGGCUAACCAACUGUAUCCCUUUGCUAUCUCCCUGAUAGAAAGUGUGCGCACCUAUGAACAGACACGCGAGAAGAUUGAUGAGCGUGCCUCCAUCAUGUUACUUGUAGCUGGUCUUCGCAAGGAGGUACAAAACCUGAUUGCAGAGGGUGUACAACUGGUUUGGGAGUCAUACAAGCUGGAUCCUUAUGUGCAGAGACUAGCUGACACUGGUUUUAACUUCCAAGAAAAGGUGGAUGACUUGGUAGCAAUGGAGGAAGAGAUUGAGCUGGAGGUUAAAGCUCUGGAGACGUGCGCCUAUAGUAAUGCUACCUUCAGUGAGAUUUUGGGCAAGAUACAGAAAGCUGUUGAUAACCUCAGUCUGCAUGGUUUCUCCAAUCUACAGCAGUGGGUGGCCAAACUUGAUCAGCAGGUUGAGGCAAAGUUGGCCGCUCGGUUGGAGGCAGGCCUUAAAGCAUGGACAGAGUGUCUGAAGCAAACCAAAGAAGAUACCAUGGAUCACACCAUGGACACAGAUGCACCACAGCAGGUGGCUCAUAAACCAGGAGGUGACCCCAACAUCAAGUCGUUGGUCCAUGAGCUGAGGAUCACAAACCAACUGAUCUAUGUGAAUCCACCAAUUGAGGAGGCUCGUGUCAAUAUAAUGCAGGAAUUAUUUGGUUGGGAAGCUGUCAUCACAAGCCUGCCUCGUAUCAGACAUUCUAGGUACCAGGUUGGCCUGGAUGUGGAGUCAGAGUCCGAGACAACAUACCGUAAUGUUCUGACAAAACUGCCUAGUAGUCAGAUUAUUCUGGAGGAUGUAUACCAGGCUAUAGAAGACACCAUGAAGGAAUUCUCUAGCUAUGUUAAAGUGUGGCUUAGAUACCAGUCACUGUGGGACCUGAACCCAGAUGUGCUGUACAGUCGUCUUGGUAACAAGCUCAAGGUGUGGAUGGCUACCCUUGAGGAAAUUAAAGCCUCAAGGAAAACUUUUGACACAUCAGACACUCAGAAAGAGAUUGGACCAAUUAUUGUUCAGUAUGGCAAAGUACAGUCGAAGGUGAGCCUUAAAUAUGACUCUUGGCACAAAGAGGUUCUCAGCAAGUUUGGUACUCUCCUCGCCACAGAAAUGCAAGACUUCCAUGGAACUAUCUCCAAGUCACGAACAGAACUGGAGCAACAGUCUAUAGACACAGCCAACACUUCAGAGGCAGUGUGUCUUAUCACUCAAGUCCAGGCUCUCAAACGCAAAAUGAAGACAUGGGAGAAACAGGUGGAGAUGUACAAUGAAGGACAGAGGAUUCUGGAGCGACAAAGAUUCCAGUUCCCUGCCAACUGGCUGUACAGUGACAAUAUCGAAGGAGAGUGGGGGGCCUUCAAUGACAUCAUGAAACGCAAAGACUCAUCCAUCCAGACACAAGUUGCCAGCCUUCAGAUGAAGAUCGUAUCUGAGGACAAAAUCGUGGAGAGUAAGACAGGGGACAUGCUACAGGAAUGGGACAAAGAGAAACCUGUUGAUGGAAACAUGCGUCCAGACAUGGCUACAAAGGCUCUGACAAUAUUUGAGGGAAAAUUCACCCGUCUGAAGGAGGAGAGGGACAAUGUUGCCAAAGCCAAGGAAGCAUUGGAGCUAUCUGAGCCUGGUCAGCUUAGUCCCAGUGAGGAACGUGUCCAGGUUGCUUUAGAGGAGUUACAAGAUCUCAAGGGAGUAUGGGCUGAACUGUCUAAGAUCUGGGAACAGAUAGAUGAGCUUAAGGAUAAACCCUGGCUGUCUGUGCAGCCCAGAAAGAUUCGUCAGUCCUUAGAUGGACUCCUGAACCAGCUGAAGGACUUACCUGCCAGAUUGAGGACAUAUGCCUCAUAUGAAUAUGUCAAGAGAACUUUACAGACUUAUGCUAAGGUGAACAUGCUGAUUGUGGAGCUGAAAUCAGAGGCUCUGAAGGAACGCCACUGGAGACAACUGACCAAACGCCUCAAUGUUCGCUGGGUGUUAUCAGAGCUAACGCUGGGACUGGUCUGGGAUGUGGACCUCAUUAAAAAUGAACCAAUCAUUAGAGAUGUGAUCCUUGUAGCUCAGGGAGAGAUGGCUCUGGAAGAAUUCCUCAAACAGGUUAGCGAAGUUUGGAGAUCUUACGAGCUCGAUCUGGUCAAUUACCAAAAUAAAUGUCGACUGAUCCGAGGAUGGGAUGACCUCUUCACAAAGGUCAAGGAACACAUUAACAGUGUCACUGCCAUGAAGCUCUCGCCCUACUACAAGCAAUUUGAAGAAGAUGCCCUAGCCUGGGAGGACAAGUUAAACCGCAUCAAUGCUCUGUUUGAUGUGUGGAUAGAUGUCCAGCGGCGUUGGGUCUACCUUGAGGGUAUCUUCACAGGAAGUGCUGACAUCAAACAUUUGCUGCCAGUGGAGACAUCACGAUUUCAAGGUGUGAGUACAGAGUUCCUUGGUUUGAUGAAGAAGGUGACAAAAUCUCCUCUUGUGAUGGAUGUUGUCAACAUCAAUAAUGUACAGAGACAGCUGGAGAGGCUGGCUGACCUGCUAGGCAAGAUCCAAAAGGCUCUAGGAGAAUACCUAGAGCGAGAGAGAGCAUCAUUUCCGAGAUUUUACUUUGUUGGGGAUGAAGAUUUACUGGAAAUCAUUGGCAACAGUAAGAAUGUGACCCGUUUACAGAAGCAUUUCAAGAAAAUGUUUGCUGGUGUGGCAUCCAUCAUACUUAAUGAUGACAGUUCCCAGGUGAUUGGCUUGCUGUCCAAGGAAGGAGAGGAGGUACAAUUUGCCACUCCAGUGUCCAUUGCAGCCAACCCUAAGAUCAAUGAAUGGCUGACAUUGGUGGAGAAGGAAAUGAGGAUGACUCUAGCAAAACUCCUCGCCUCCGCUGUCCAGGACAUUGCUGCCUUCAAAUCUGGCAAUAUUGACCCCACCAAGUAUCUCCAGUGGGUGGACACUUACCAGGCCCAAUUGGUGGUUCUGGCAUCCCAGAUUGCCUGGUCGGAGAGUAUAGACAGUGCCCUUGCUGCCAUUGCUGCACAAAAGAAUGUUGAUGACCUCAAACCCAUGAACAAUGUCCUACUGAUGGUGGAGUCCACCCUCAAUGUCCUGGCUGACUCUGUACUUACAGAACAGCCGCCAGUCCGAAGAAAGAAACUAGAACAUUUGAUCACAGAGCUGGUGCACCAGAGAGGAGUCACUCGGAAUCUCAUCAAACAAAAAGUGAACAGUCCCAAAAACUUUGACUGGCUGUGUAACAUGCGCUUCUACUUUGACCCAAAGAACCCAGAGGUUCUACAGCAGCUGUCUAUUCAGAUGGCCAAUGCCAGGUUUAAUUAUGGCUUUGAGUACCUUGGGGUUCAGGACAAAUUGGUACAAACCCCACUUACUGACCGCUGUUACCUCACCAUGACACAGGCUCUAGAGGCUAGAUUGGGAGGCUCCCCAUUUGGACCUGCUGGUACUGGUAAAACAGAAUCUGUGAAAGCCCUUGGAAAUCAGCUUGGAAGAUUUGUGCUGGUGUUCAAUUGUGAUGAGACCUUUGACUUCCAGGCUAUGGGCCGUAUCUUUGUCGGUCUGUGUCAAGUAGGUGCCUGGGGAUGUUUUGAUGAGUUCAAUCGACUGGAGGAAAGAAUGUUGUCAGCUGUCUCCCAACAGAUUCAGACAAUCCAGGAGUCUCUUAAGGAACUAGCAAUCACAAAGGGCAAGCAAGCGUCCCAUAUCGUGGUGGAACUAAUCGGUAAGCAAGUGAAGGUGAAUGCUGACAUGGCAGUGUUUAUUACCAUGAAUCCUGGUUAUGCUGGCCGAUCCAAUCUACCAGACAAUCUGAAAAAACUGUUCCGUAGUUUAGCUAUGACCAAACCAGACCGCCAGCUUAUUGCUGAGGUGAUGCUCUACUCUCAGGGCUUCCGAACGGCAGAAAAACUUGCCUGCAAGAUUGUCCCCUUCUUCAAACUCUGUGAUGAGCAGCUUUCACCACAAUCUCACUAUGACUUUGGGCUGCGAGCCUUGAAGAGUGUACUGGUUAGUGCAGGAAACGUCAAGAGAGAUCGCAUAGCAUGUUUGAAGCAAGGUUUACUGGACCGUGGAGAACCUGUAGAUGAAUCUGUCAUUGCAGAGAACUUACCAGAACAGGAGAUCCUGAUACAGAGUGUGAUGGAGACCAUGGUUCCUAAACUGGUAGCAGAAGAUAUUCCUCUCCUCAACAGCCUGUUGUCUGAUGUGUUUCCUGGAGUCGAUUACAACCCUGCUGAGAUGUCAAACCUCCGCCAGGAAAUUAAACGUGUGUGCCAGGAAAUGUACCUUGUGUAUGGCGAGCAAGAUGAACAGGGUGCCCACUGGGUAGAUAAGGUGCUACAGCUGUACCAGAUCACUCAGCUACAUCACGGCCUCAUGAUGGUUGGUCCCAGUGGUAGUGGCAAGUCUACAGCAUGGAGGGUUCUACUCCGAGCCUUGGAGCGACUUGAAUCCACAGAGGGCGUUGUGCAUGUCAUUGACCCAAAGUCUAUUUCAAAACAAAUCCUGUACGGUAGCCUGGACCCUAACACAAGGGAGUGGACAGACGGUCUCUUCACUCAUAUCCUCAGAAAGAUCAUAGACAAUGUGAGAGGAGAAUUACAGAAGAGACAGUGGAUCAUCUUUGAUGGAGAUGUUGACCCAGAAUGGGUAGAAAAUCUCAACUCGGUGCUUGAUGACACCAAACUUCUGACACUUCCUAAUGGAGAAAGAUUGGCCAUACCCCCUAAUGUGCGGAUCAUGUUUGAGGUACAGGACCUAAAGUAUGCAACGCUGGCUACUGUCAGUCGCUGUGGGAUGGUUUGGUUUAGUCAGGAUGUCCUGUCAACAGAAAUGCUGUUUGAGAACUACCUAUUGCAGCUGAAGAACCUUCCAGUUGAGGAGGCUGAGGAUGAGGGCUUCAUGGGACUCGCCUCCAAAUCUGAAACCAAAGAUGAGACUCUCUCACCAAACAUGCAGGUUCAGAAUGAUUGUGCUGCAUUUCUGGCUCCUUAUUUCUCCUCUGAUGGGAUCAUUGUGCGCUCCCUUGAGUAUGCCAAGGAUCUUGACCAUGUGAUGGACUUCACCAGGAUGCGGGCUGUCAGUUCUCUCUUUUCCCUCCUUAACCAAGGUGUAAGGAAUGUGUUGACCUACAACCACAACCAUUCAGACUUCCCCAUGCCUCAAGACCAGCUGGAGAAGUACAUUAGCAAAUACCUCAUCUACAGCUUGGUAUGGUCCAUGACUGGAGAUGGACCACUUAAGAUGAGAAAGGACAUGGGCGAGUUCAUCCGCAGCUGUUCUACAAUAUCACUUCCCUCUACUCAUCCCAUUGUGGACUAUGAAGUGUCUAUCACUGGAGAAUGGGUACCAUGGCAAUCUCGUGUGCCACAAGUGGAAGUGGAGACCCACAAAGUUGCCUCUCCCGAUGUCGUCAUCCCAACUAUUGACACUGUAAGACACGAGGCACUACUCUUCACUUGGCUUGCAGAACACAAGCCCCUUGUACUGUGUGGACCCCCUGGUUCUGGAAAAACCAUGACAUUGUUUAGUGCCCUACGCUCUCUUCCUGACAUGGAGGUUGUCGGCCUGAACUUCUCCAGUGCGACAACUCCUGAACUGUUGCUGAAGACUUUUGACCACUACUGUGAGUACAGACGUACUCCUAAUGGUGUGGUGCUAUCCCCAGUCCAGAUGAACAAAUGGCUUGUCCUUUUCUGUGAUGAAAUCAACCUCCCCAAUAUGGACAAAUAUGGUACCCAGCGAGUGAUAUCCUUCCUCCGACAAAUACUGGAGCAUGGUGGAUUCUACCGCACCACUGACCAGUGCUGGGUUAAGUUUGAAAGGAUCCAGUUUGUUGGAGCUUGUAACCCUCCAACAGACCCAGGCAGGAAGCCCCUAUCUCACAGGUUCCUGCGUCAUGUGCCAAUAGUGUAUGUGGAUUACCCUGGAAAGUUGUCCCUGACCCAGAUCUAUGGCACCUUCAACAGAGCCAUGUUGAGAUUGGUACCAAGUCUAAAACCCUAUGCUGAACCUCUUACAAAUGCUAUGGUGGAGUUCUAUCUCUUGUCACAGGAGCGGUUUACUCAGGACAUGCAACCUCACUAUGUAUACAGUCCUCGUGAGAUGACACGUUGGGUCCGAGGAAUCUGUGAGGCCCUGCGGCCCCUUGAUAACCUUUCUGUAGAGGGACUGGUCCGAAUCUGGGCCCAUGAAGCUCUCCGACUCUUCCAAGACAGAUUGAUUGAGGAUGAGGAACGAAGGUGGACAGAUGAAAAUGUUGACAUGGUGGCUCUAAAACACUUCACUAACAUCAACCGGGAUGCUGCACUCGCACGGCCAAUCCUCUUCAGCAACUGGAUGUCCAAGGAUUAUGUGCCUGUUGAUCGGGAGGAUCUGAGGGAAUACACCAAGGCUAGACUCAAGGUGUUUUAUGAGGAGGAGCUAGAUGUGCCCUUGGUGCUCUUUGAUGAGGUAUUAGACCAUGUCCUCAGAAUCGACAGAAUUUUCCGUCAGCCUCAAGGUCACGUCCUUUUGAUAGGGGUUAGUGGAGCAGGAAAAACCACUCUGUCCAGGUUUGUGGCAUGGAUGAAUGGCCUCAGCACUUACCAAAUCAAAGUACACAACAAGUACACAGCAUUGGACUUCGAUGAGGACCUGAGAAUUGUGCUGCGUCGGUCAGGUUGUAAGGAUGAAAAGAUCGCUUUUAUCAUGGAUGAGUCUAAUGUGCUAGACUCCAGCUUCCUGGAGAGAAUGAACACCCUGCUAGCCAACGGAGAGGUUCCAGGUCUGUUUGAGGGGGAUGAGUACACUACCUUGAUGACCCAGUGUAAGGAAGGAGCCCAGAGAGAAGGACUCAUGUUAGACUCUGGGGAGGAACUGUACAAGUGGUUCACUGGACAGGUAAUGAAGAAUCUCCAUGUAGUGUUUACCAUGAAUCCGUCAUCAGAAGGUUUGAAGGACAAGUCCGCUACAUCUCCUGCUCUCUUCAACAGGUGUGUUUUGAAUUGGUUUGGAGAUUGGUCCAAUGGAGCUUUGUUCCAUGUUGGAAAGGAAUUUACCAACAAGAUUGAUUUGGAGAAGUCUAAUUACAUUGCUCCUGACUAUCUACCAGCUGCCUACGAGGGUCUGUCUGCAUCACCAUCCCACAGGGAGGCUGUGACCAAUGCAUUUGUCCAUGUCCACCAGUCAUUGCACCAGGCCAACGCUCGCGUAGCUAAGCGAGGGGGGCGUUGUAUGGCCAUCACACCUAGGCACUACUUGGACUUCAUCAACCACUUUGCUAAAUUGUACAAUGAGAAGCGAUCUGACUUGGAAGAGCAGCAGCUUCACCUGAACAUAGGUCUACAGAAGAUCCGAGAGACAGUAGAUCAGGUGGAGGAACUGCAGAAGUCUCUCUCUGUCAAACGCAUCGAGCUGGAGGAGAAAAACGCUGCUGCUAAUGCCAAACUCAAGCAAAUGGUCAAAGAUCAACAGGAAGCUGAGAGGAAGAAAAUGACAUCACAAGAAAUUCAGGUGGCACUUAUUGAGCAAACCAAGAUAAUCGCAGAGAAGUCGGCUAGUGUGAAAGCUGACUUAGCUGGGGUAGAGCCAGCUGUCAUAGAGGCACAGCAAGCUGUCAAAUCUAUCAAGAAACAGCAUCUUGUGGAGGUAAAGUCCCUCCCUAAUCCUCCUAAUGCUGUCAAAAUGGCCAUCGAGUCCAUCUGUACCCUGCUCGGAGAACAGGAUCUUGACUGGAAGUCGCUGAGAGGCAUCAUUAUGAGAGAAAAUUUCAUUUCUACUAUUGUGAACUUCAACACACUAAUUAUUCCAGAUGACAUCCGUCACAAGAUGAAGACCAAGUAUAUGGCUAAUCCAGAAUACAAUUAUGAGAAAGUGAACCGUGCUAGCUUGGCCUGUGGUCCUAUGGUGAAGUGGGCAAUUGCACAGCUGAACUAUGCAGAUAUCCUAAAGAAGGUGGAACCUCUGAGAAAUGAGUUAAAGGGACUGGAGAAUCAGGCGGAGGAGAAUCGUCUGAAGGGCGACGAGGUCAACAAACUGAUCAGUGAGCUGGAACGUAGCAUUGCCAAGUACAAGGAAGAAUAUGCUGUUCUCAUCUCUCAGGCCCAGGCCAUCAAGUCUUCCCUCUCUUCUGUGCAGGCCAAGGUGGAAAGGAGUGUGGCCUUACUCAACAGUCUUGGGAAUGAGAAACACCGCUGGGAGGCAGGAAGUGAGACCUUUAAGAGUCAGAUGGCUACCAUCAUUGGUGAUGUCCUCCUGUCAUCUGCCUUUAUGGCCUAUGCAGGUUAUUUUGACCAGCAGAUGAGGAGGAAUCUGUUCACCAGCUGGUCAUCCCAUCUCCAACAGGCACACAUACAAUUCAGAUCAGACCUAGCCAGAGUCGAGUACCUGUGUAAUGCUGAUGAGAGACUGAGAUGGCAGGCCAAUACUUUGCCAGCUGAUGACCUAUGUGCUGAAAAUGCCAUCAUGCUUAAACGCUUCAAUCGUUACCCACUCAUCAUUGACCCAUCUGGUCAAGCAACAGAGUUUAUCAUGAAUGAGUACAAGGACAAGAAGGUGACCAAGACCAGUUUCCUGGAUGAUGCCUUCAGGAAGAAUCUAGAGAGUGCACUUAGGUUUGGAAAUCCAUUGCUUGUCCAGGAUGUGGAAAGUUAUGACCCUAUCCUGAAUCCUGUACUUAACCGUGAGCUGCGAAGGACAGGUGGACGUGUCCUCAUCACUCUCGGAGACCAGGAUAUUGACUUGUCACCAUCCUUCACCAUCUUCUUGUCAACCCGGGAUCCUAAUGUGGAUUUCUCUCCGGACCUCUGUUCCCGUGUAACCUUUGUAAACUUCACAGUGACCAGGAGCAGUCUGCAAGACCAGUGUCUGAACCAAGUGUUGAAAGCAGAGAGACCUGAUGUGGAUGCCAAGAGGUCUGACUUACUCAAGUUGCAAGGUGAAUUCCAACUGCGACUCCGUCAAUUGGAGAAAUCUCUUUUGGGAGCUUUAAAUGAAUCUAAAGGGCGUAUCCUUGACAACGACAGCAUUAUCACCCACUUAGAGACUCUGAAGAAUGAGGCAGCAGAGGUGGCUAAGAAAGUGGAGGAGACGGACAUUGUUAUGGCAGAGGUCGAGACUGUGUCACAGCAGUAUGUGCCUCUAGCUCAGUCCUGCAGUAGUAUUUACUUUGCUCUGGAGGGUCUACAACAGGUCCAUUUCCUGUACCAGUAUUCACUACAGUUUUUCCUGGAGAUCUUCCACUCUGUCUUGAGCAAUGACAAUCUGAAAAGCAUGAAGGAAUACUCUGCACGUCUCUCAUCCAUCACCAACAACAUCUUUACGGAGACGUUUGGGAGAGUGGGACGUGGUAUGCUCUACCAAGACAGGAUUACAUUUGCCAUACAGAUGUGUAGGAUCUUCCUCAAGGGACAGAAAGGUGAAAACACCUACGAAGAUGAGUUCAACUAUUUCCUGAGAAAUCAGGAAGCAGUUUUAACUGAAAAACCAAUGUCAACCAUUCAAGGCCUCUCAGCACAACAGCAAGCCUCAAUGUUGAGACUGUCAAAGCUGAAGGCCUUUAAGUCACUGGAGCAGGAGAUCAGAGGAAAUGGUGAAUUCCAAGCUUGGCUAGAGAGUUCCACUCCAGAAGAGGACAUUCCGAUACUAUGGGAUGAAAGCAAACCAUUCAGUCCUAUUGGGAAAGCUGUACAUGGACUUCUGUCAAUCCAAGCGUUCCGACCAGACAGACUUAUUGCUAUGUCUCGUGUGUUUGUUGAGAAAGUACUUACCGCCAACUUCAUGCACUGUGCCGAGAAGGAACUCAAUCUGGCUGAGAUUGUUGAACAGCAGAUAAAAGCCAGUACACCUGUCCUUAUGUGUUCUGUUCCGGGAUAUGAUGCCAGUGGCCGUGUUGAUGACCUUGCUACAGAGCUCAGCAAGCAGAUCACCUCUAUUGCCAUGGGGUCAGCAGAGGGCUUUACACUGGCAGAGAAAGUCAUCAAUUCAUCCAGUAAGUCUGGCCGCUGGGUGAUGCUGAAGAAUGUGCACUUGGCUCCUUCAUGGCUUGUACAACUGGAGAAAAAGCUGCACAACCUGACUCCACACCCAAGCUUCAGACUUUUCCUUACAAUGGAAAUUAAUCCCAAGCUGCCAACCAACUUACUGCGUGCUGGUCGUGUGUUUGUAUUUGAGCCACCCCCAGGUGUCUCUGCUAACCUGUUGCGAACCUUCAGUACUGUGCCAGCCUCACGAAUGUGUAAGACUCCUAACGAGCGUUCACGCCUGUACUUCCUUCUUGCCUGGCUUCAUGCUAUUGUCCAGGAGAGGAUGAGAUACACACCUCUUGGCUGGGCCAAGAAAUACGAGUUUACAGAGUCGGACCUCAGGGUCGCUUGUGACAUGCUGGAUACUUGGAUUGACUCGGUUGCUAUGGGACGUACCAAUUUGCCUCCUAAUAAGGUGCCAUGGGAUGCAAUUAAGACCCUUCUAUCACAGUGUAUCUAUGGAGGCAAGAUUGACAAUGAAUUUGACCAGCGCCUGUUGACCACUUUCAUCAACAAGUUGUUCUCGCCCAAGAGUUUUGAAGCAGAGUUCAAUUUGGUCAGUAACAUAGACGGCCAUGGCAAGAAAAUCAGCAUGCCAGACGGUGUUCAGCGUGAACAGUUUGUUCAGUUUGCGGAGUUGUUGGAGGGAGGAAGACAAACUCCAUCCUGGCUUGGUCUGCCCAAUAAUGCAGAGAAAGUCCUUCUUACUAACCGUGGCUCUGCAAUGAUUGCCAAGCUCCUCAAGAUGGAAGUUUUGGAGGUUGAUGAUGAUGAGUUAGCAUAUGGAGGAACCCCAGAGGAUGAACAGAAACGACUGGCUGAUGGCCGCCCAGCCUGGAUGAGGACACUCUACUCCUCUGUGUCUACUUGGCUUAACCUUAUACCCAAGGACCCAGAAGGCCUGUUGACACUGGGCUCCAUGAAGAGGACGUUUGACAACAUUCGUGAUCCACUGUUCCGUUUCUUUGAGCGUGAGGUGAAUGCUGGAGCAACCCUUUUGAUGGACAUUCGCCAAGACCUAAAUGAUGUGUCAUUGAUUUGUCAGGGUGAAAAGAAACCGACAAAUCACCACAGGGCUAUGAUGGCAGACUUAGCAAAAGGUAUUAUCCCCCAGAGUUGGCACCGUUACACUGUUCCUUCUGGAAUCACCGUUAUACAGUGGAUCACUGACUUCUCCCUGCGAGUCAAACAGCUACAACACAUUGUAGUCACUACCCAACAGGGUGGAGCAAAGGAACUCAAGAGCCUGAAUGUAUGGCUGGGAGGCCUAUUUAUCCCAGAGGCUUACAUUACGGCCACACGUCAGUAUGUAGCCCAGGCCAACAGUUGGUCAUUGGAGGAACUCUACCUAGAGGUGAAGGUGAUAGAAGGCAAGAGUACAGCCUCUACAGAUCCUUGUAGCUUUGCUAUCACAGGACUGAGACUCCAGGGUGCUGUCUGUAAAAAUAAUAAGCUGCAGCUCUCCACCACCAUAUCGACUGACCUACCCAUCACCAUGCUCUGCUGGAUAAGGUUGGAUGGUGCAAAGAAGGAAGGGAAGGUUACUCUACCUGUAUAUCUAAAUGCAACCAGAGGACAGCUCCUGUUUACCCUGGACUUCGACACAGAGGGUGAAGGAUCAGGAGAGGGACAUAGCUUUUAUGAAAGGGGUGUGGCAAUGAUUUCUUCUGACCUGGGAUAGAGACGAUGGACGACAGUGUCAAACCCUGAAUGGGUCAUAGAUAUAGACUUUACUACAAGUGUUCUCUUAUAAGGACAGUUCAAGUCCUGCUGUUUAGAUUUAGUAAAUGAAGCUUUGGAAAAUAGUCAUAUAGAAGCUUGAUUAUUUGUUUUCACUGUUGAUAACUAAGGUUUUUCACAGAUAAUAUGUUGUAUGAUGAAAGCUUAAUCUUAACAUUUGCUGUAAGGCGAUAGCUUAAAUAUUACAAUACAUGAAUUAUAUGUUUGUGUGGCGAUAUAUAGAUUUUAAGUAGUUGAAAGAAGUAUACAAGAUAAUCCUGCAUCCUGCUACAGAAUACAGGCUCCUAUGUCGACGAUGAUGACACAAGUGAAACAUGUUUCCAGGUGGUGACCUCCGAAUACCAUAGUAUAGAUAUCAACCUUCAGUAAGUUCAGCUCACCACAACAGUUUGUUAGUAUCCCUGCUUUUCUUUAUCUCUGUCACUUUAAUUCCAUUAGAGUUGUAAAAGCUAAAAUCAAUAGGAAAUAAAACUGUUAAUUAUUUUUAAAAUAAACUUUGAUGUUCUGUAUUGGUAUGCUUGUCCCUGAUGGUCAAAUUCUUUUAGUGCUUACUGUGUACCAGAUAUCCUUUGUAGUCCUGUACUGUUGUAUCAUAGGAUCAAAUAACAUUUGGUUAGUCUCGAACACCUAUCCCUGGUCCUUUGCUAUUGAUUACUAGUGUUUAACAUGGUUUUGUGCUUUUCUGUAUAUGAAUCUUAGGUAUGUUAGGUGAUGGUUUAUAAUUUGAUUGUGACCUAUUUAGAAAAAAAAUUCAAAUUUUUGAACUUUUCUUAAGGAACUGGAGUAACAAAAUCUUUGAUGUUUGUGGAGUAGGUUUUGAUAUGACUUCCCUCAGACUACCACUGUGGAUUUCACUCAAUGUUGUAUUAAUAAAUAAAAAAUUUUUCUUCUGAAUUUCA